GGUUGUGUUGUGUUAGUGUGAUUUGAUCGUGCAGUUAGUUUUUAGCGCGGCGCGUUGCUGUGUAGAAGUAUUCUUCGAUAUUUUUGAAAAGAAUACAUUUUUUAUUGUUUUUCUGUUAAAGAAAACUAAUGUUUCACGAAAAAAACAAAACCGGGCAGUACAGUUAUAGAACCUGUUAAAAGAAGCAAUCCUAACCUAUGUUUUCAUAGGCUUUGGACAUUGACUUUAAAUUGGACUUGGUGACCAAUUAUAUUAUAUUAAAAAAUGUCUUUUUAAUAUUUGUCCGUGUUCCGAACAUGUCACUGUUGCAUUAUGUGUUCAUAGUUCAAAUAUUCCGAACGGCAUUGAGUUGAUCUUAACAGUUCUUUAACGACCUACUUUCCAUUUACUGUUAUCCACAAGUGGGAAACCCAUGUAAUUUCAAUUUCCCUUAUCGAGCUCAAAGAAAGUACAACGCCGAAUUACGUAAAGCAUUAUGCGAUUGUCUGACUGACUUUGAAUUUUACAAAAGUAUUUCGUAUCAAUAUAAGAAAAAUGCGUGGACAUAAGAAAACUAAAGAAAGUGGCUUCUUCGAGGGCGAUUCUACUGAGACUGAAGUAAUGACCAAUACUUUGAAAAGGACUAAAGUGUACACUACUUCUGGUGAUGGCAGACGCAUUGUCGAAUAUUCACAGGAAGACUCAUUGAUACCGAGCCAAAAUCGCGAAGCAGAAGUGAAUCUGUCGGGAUACGAGAGAGUCGGAAUGACCGACUUCAACGUCCUGACAGUGCUCGGCACGGGAGCUUAUGGGAAAGUCUUCCUAGUUCGCAAGCAGGGUGGUUCUGAUACUGGCAAGCUCUAUGCGAUGAAAGUGCUUAAAAAAGCAACCAUCGUACAGAAAAAGAAAAGUACUGAACAUACGAGGACCGAGCGCGAAGUGUUGGAAGCUAUUCGCGACAGCCCUUUUCUGGUUACCCUCCACUAUGCCUUCCAAACGGAAUCCAAACUGCAUCUAAUAUUAGAUUAUGUUGCUGGUGGUGAACUCUUUAGCCAUUUGUAUCGGCGCGAUCGGUUUACUCCAAGCGAAGUCAAGGUUUACGUCGCCGAAAUCAUCAUAGCACUGGAAAAAUUGCACCAGCUGGGCAUCAUUUACAGAGACAUUAAAUUGGAGAAUAUUCUAAUUGAUUCUGAAGGGCACAUCGUUAUCACCGAUUUCGGCCUGUCCAAGAACCUUGGCCCCGGUAGUACUGAGCGGGCCUACUCUUUUUGCGGAACCAUCGAGUAUAUGGCACCUGAAGUAAUUGAAACACCCCCGACCGGACACGAUACGACGUCUGAUUGGUGGUCGAUAGGUGUGCUGACAUUUGAAAUGCUGACUGGGUCCUCUCCAUUCAGUGUAGAGGGAAAAGGCAACUCCCAGGCCGAGGUUACCGACAGAAUCAUGAGAAAGCCCAUUCCCAUUUUACCGCAUACUUAUGGAAAAGACUUAUCGGACUUCAUCCGUGAACUAUUAAUAAAAGAUCCACGCCGUCGCUUGGGAGGUCGUGGAGAAGAUGCCUUAGAGUUGAAAAGACAUGCGUUUUUCAAGGGUUUGGACUGGGAGAAAGUGGCCAGAAAGGAAAUUCGUCCGCCUUUUGUUCCCAUUAUUAAGGGAGAAUUGGAUGUGUCGAAUUUUAGUGAAGAAUUCACUAAGAUGGAGCCAGUUAUUUCACCGUCUCAAACUCCAUCCCAUCAGAGAGCAUUUAGAGGCUACUCGUACGUGUCCCCUUCAAUCGCAUACGCCAGGAAUGUACUGACAGUGCCAGUGUGUCCGCAACGAUGGCAUGUAGAUCGUCCUGCAGAACCACCUGCAGAGGCACCUGCAGAGUCUCCCGCAGAACCUCCUGCUGAGCGAUUACGUCAGCAUACAUUUAAUAUGCAAUAUGGGGCGCAAUUCCUAAGCAAAUAUGAUAUCAAUGCAAACGAACCGUGUCUUGGCGAGGGAGCGUCUUCGAUUUGCCGAAGAUGCGUGCAGAAGUCGACUGGCAUAGAAUAUGCAGUAAAAAUCGUGUCGUCUGAUGGACGCAAUUUAACCGAAGAGAUCAACUUACUAAGAGCAUGCCAGGGCCAUCCGAAUAUUGUCAAGUUAGUUGACUGCAUACAAGACGAUCACCUAACCUAUUUGGUAAUGGAAUGCCUCAACGGUGGAGAACUUUUUCAUCGAAUUCGAAACAAAACUAGAUUUUUGGAAAGCGAAGCUUCCGUUAUUAUUAAAAAGCUCGUAUCCGCUCUCAGUUUUAUGCAUGAGCGCAGGGUGGUCCAUCGAGACCUAAAGCCCGAAAACUUGGUUUUCACUUCAACAGCUGAUGACGCUGAAAUUAAGAUAAUCGACUUUGGCUUUGCCCGAUUGAAAACCGAACAGGAACCCCAACGAACAGUUUGUUUCACUUUGGGUUAUGCUGCUCCCGAAGUGUUAAGAGGCGAUCCGGAGGGUUAUGAUGAAACCUGCGAUUUGUGGAGCUUGGGGGUGAUCCUCUACACGAUGCUUUCCGGAAAAGUCCCGUUCCACGCCAGAUCGGACGAAGAAACUGUCAGCUCAAUAAUGAAUAGAAUCAAACGGGGACAAUUCAGUUUUGACUCUUCCGCAUGGGAUGAUGUAUCGCAAGAUGCUAAGAAUGUGGUAGCCGGCUUGUUAACCGUUAAGCCUAGUGAUAGGCUCCGAAUGAUCGAUCUACAAAACAAUCACUGGGUGCAGGGCAGCGACGGGGCUCUUGAAAAUGUACUGAGAACACCAGACAUCCUUUCAGCAAGAACUAGCACCGAAAGGACUUUGCAGACUACCUUCACUGCCUUCCAUCAGGCCGAACGAGAAGGCUUCCGAUUGCAAGAAGUGCGCAGCGCUAAAUUGGCCCAAAGACGCAGAAUGAAGAAUAGUUACACCGGAACUAAUUCGACUUCAUCUUCUAAUAAGACUGAUAUAUCCUCAACUAACGGUACCACCAGUGGCAUUAGCUCAGCCGGUACUAGCUCAGGCGGAAUUAGCUCAGGGGACGAAUCGCGAUUUUCUAAUCCUGAAGUGAGCAGCGAUAAUAGCGUAAGAGAAAUAUCGUCCGAUUCCAGUAGCAUUCCUAUAUCUGGGAGGAGCUCCGUAAUUUCUUAUAGACAUGAGAGAAGAAGAAGGAACCUAGUGGGGUGCACCCCAAUCAGGCAAAGCGAAAGAAUCCUUUGUCGAAGACUGGAAAUCGACUGCGAUCCAUCAGUGUUCAUCUCGCUCCCGAACAGCACCAGAAAGCGAAAGGCUAGAGCGUCUCAGGAACUCAUUUCCUGCACGAAAGUGCGCAAAACGGCUGUAUCUGGUAAUCCAAGAAACGAAACCGCUAAGUAAAUAAAAUUAAAUUGUCGAAAACAAUAUUUCAUUGACUAAAGAUUUGAGGAUACGUUUUGUAACAUUAGGAAAACUUAUUUCAGUGUUUUUAACAUUGACAAUUUACUUUUUUUUUGUUUACGAAAGAAGAUGGUAAAAUUUGAGUUAUUAUGAAGCAGUGCAAUUGAAAAAUGAGAUUUUGCUCGAAUUUUAUGAUGUAUAGGAAAUAGAGGUACAAGUUUUGCAACUUUUAUCAACUAUUUCUUGUUUUUCUAUAAAUAACUGAUGAACAAUAUACUCUGAUGGCAUGCUUACAAAUAAUAUGUUACAGCUGAGAGGAAACGUUUUCGUCAUUUAUAUUUAGUUUUAUGCAACUUUUUUAUACUUGUUUAUUGCCUAAUUGAUAAAUCUUACAAUUAGACCAUCCAUGGACUUAAAUAAAUUUUCCUAGAAUUGUGAACUUUAGUUACUAAUCUACUGUAACGAUGGCAGUAAGCAUGUUUAUAAAAUGUCAACAAAAAAUGUAUAAUUGUGAAUUUUAUAAUUACGUAAUAUGAUGUGUAAAUGAAAUUUGGUCUGCUGAUAAUUUCGCUUACAAAACGCAACCGAAAUCUCGUCGAUUGACUAUUUUGCCCGAUGUUGGAUUACUAAAUUAAUCAAAAUUGCAAAUUGAUAAAUGUGAUAGCAGUACAUAGCAGGUGAAAAUCGUACAUUUUAUAUUUGGAUUUUACUUCGGCAAUACCUACCCUAGACUUUAUAAACGGGUAGUGGCAAGUGAACUUGCAAUGAUUUAACCGGAAAAUUCAAAUAAAAAUGCAAUGUUUUAAACCAGGACUCGUUCGUGAAGAGUUCGUAUUUUUUACUUGAAAAGUGCACUUGACCAGAAAACUUGUUAAAAUAUACAUUUACCAAAAAAAAAAUAUGUAAAUAUACGUAAAUUGUAAGGAUGCAUAGGUACUAAUUAAUUGUAUAUAAACUAAACUCAGUAGAUUCAGUAUGAUCAGAUUUAACAACUGUUGCUGUUGAAGUUUGCAAAUGUUUAAGGCGGUUGCAAUAUGAAGCUUUUCGAGACAAUGCAUUCACGUUGUGUGUAGAAGUCGGUUUUCGAACAAAUCAGUAUUAUGAAGAUACAAUCAUGCAAAAUCUAUUGUCCGUAAAUAAUCUUGUUUUUAAAGACUAUUUGCUGUGAUCUCAAGUAUACUUAUAUGGUUUGAAUUUUUGCUCACUAACUGUAGCUCCUUAUUUUUGCAACCGACUAAAGAACUUGUUACUUAAGUAAAUUAAGAGGUUUCUAAAUGGCGAACCAAUCAUAAUACUGAUCUAUAGUCAAUUUCAUGUGAAUAUAUACUAGGCCAAUCAUAAAUUUAAUUUUUGUCUCAAUAUAAUUUUAUGUGUUGCACUCAGGAAAACCCUUAUAUAUUUAUAUCGUACGAUAAUUACCAAAUAUUGUCGUUUUGGGAAAAACUUUUUAGUCUCCACCAGAGACGCUAUGCCAAAUAAUUAUUUUAUUAUGCUUCAAUUCUCCAAACGACCAUAUAUCUGUUCUAGUAGUUAAUUUUGUACCGAGAAAAUAAAUUAGUUUAAUUUCUAAAUGUGGAAAACGGUUUGUUUCAACUAAUAAAUAAUAAAAUAUUUAUUUUAUAGAUACAAAGAAUUAGAUAAGUAGAAAUAAGAGAAUAGACCAAAAAAAUUGGACAGUGCCUUGUUAUUUUUGUUAUCGUGGAUCUGUCGCAUGACGGCGGAUUUUGGUUGUAAAACAAUGUUAAUGCGGCCCUGUGUUUAGUAAAUUAAACUACUUUUUGAUCCUUUGAAA